GGUGGAGGAGCGCUGUGGUAGAGGAUUCAGCGGGAUUACGGAGGUGUGGAGGUAUGUCUCACCGAAUCAGCUCUUGAUUCCGCGGGUGGCAGAGUCGCGAUGGCCUGCUGGGCCGGGCAGAAAGGUGCGACGUCUGGAUUGCGGCUUGCAGGGGUCACGUCCUGAGCCGCUCCCGCUGCAAAGCAGCGCUGUAUGCCGCCUUGUUCCGCCAAAGUCCCAGCUAAGCGAGUCCCAGCAAGGGACCCUUUUCUUGUCCUCACCAUUGGUGCCCUCAGAGGACUCUGGAGAGGGCCGGCAUGGUUAGUCUCAGUCUCGUGGCGGGAGUUCCUGUGUGAUGCGUGCUCACUCCACCAUGAGCCCUUACACUGAAGGGUAAUUUCUCAGGAGCAGUUGGGCCACAUAGCAGCUGCUCUAACCAAUACCCUGGCAGUUAGGCUGCCUGAUAUUAAGGGUCCAAGUGCUCAGUCCUUUCUGGGGGACGGUUGUAUGUCAUCAUCUUAGAGACACUAAUAGCCUAUGGCAUUUUUCUGGUGUAGUAUAAACUACAAAUAGAGAUGUGGAAAUUAUGUCUGGGUAAAAGUGAAAAGUAAUAAACAGUGAUAAAUGAGUCAUUGCAGCCCGUUCAGGAGGAGUUACUCAUUGACUUGUGUAUACUGUAAAACAUCAUACGGUAAUAAUAUAUAUAUAAAGUGUCAUGAUUUUUUUUAUAAUUCAUCACAUUUCUUUAUAACUGAAUCUCCUCCUUCUUCUUCAUCUCUAUAUAAAGUCACAAAACAUAUUGCUUCCAAGACCAGUAUCGACCUCGGGGAGACUCAAGACCAAAAAUGGCUAAUUUGUUCACUUUCAUAACAGAGUCUUUAUCCAUAAGUCUGGCACUGAGUAUAUUGCUAAUAGUAAUUUUCUCGGUGCACUUUCUUACUAGAAGUAAGAAGUCACCAUAUAAUUUACCUCCAGGUCCAGCACCACUACCUCUUAUAGGAAACCUGCACUUAUUGGACAUCAGACGACAGGACCUCUCUCUGAUGAAGCUUUCAGAAAAAUAUGGUCCAAUAUUCACCAUUCAUCUGGGCAUGAAAAAGGCUGUAGUACUGACUGGGCUGGAAACAAUAAAGGAAGCCCUGGUGGAGGGAGCUGACAUGUUCUCAGACAGAGCUGCUCUCCCUAUAUUUCAUGCCAUCCAAAAAGGAAAUGGUGUGUUUUUUGCAUCUGGAGAAAUGUGGAGGACAUCAAGACGCUUUACAAUGUCCAGUAUGAGGAACCUGGGCAUGGGCAAGAAGCACAUAGAAGAUAAAAUCAUUGAAGAACUGCAGUAUCUAACAGACAAGGUUGACUCUUAUUCUGGUCAGCGGUUUAAACUUAGAGAAUUUUCAUGUGGCCCAACAAAUAUUACCUUUGCCAUGUUAUUUGGCAACAGGUAUGAUUACAGUGAUCCCAUCUACGUGCACUUGCUGGAUCUGAUUGAUGAUAUUGUUAUUUUGCUUGGCUCACCCUACAUACAGCUGUUUAACCUGUACCCAAUGCUUGGGGUAUUUAUGAAGACCCACAAAAUCUUACUGGAAAAGAUUGACAAGAUUUGCGCAGUGUUAAAAACGGACAUUCAGGCCAAAAGAAGAAAAAUGGAUGUCAACUGCCUAAACACAUUCAUUGAAACUAUAGUUGCCAAACAAGAAGAGGAAAGGACAAAUAAAGACACUCUGUUUCAUGACGCUAACGUGCUAGCUACAGUACUAGAUUUGGUUAUGGCCGGGACAGAGACCACCUCUACUACACUGCAGUGGGGGAUUCUGCUGAUGAUGAAAUAUCCUGAAGUGCAGAAAAAAGUUAAAAAAGAAAUUAAUUUGGUUCUCGAAUCUGGACGUCUACCAAGAUUUGAAGACAGAAAUGCAAUGCCGUAUACCAACGCUGUGGUACAUGAAGUUCAGAGAUUUGCCAACCUCAUUCCACAUAUUCCACAUGCCACAUCUAGAGACACGUAUUUCAAAGGUUAUCAUAUCCCAAAGGGAACAACUGUGAUCCCGCUGCUUACAUCCGUGCUGUACGACAAACGUCACUGGGAGACGCCAUUCCAGUUUAAUCCUGACCACUUCUUGGAUGCUGAGGGGAAAUUUGUAAAGAAAGCAGCUUUUGUGCCCUUCUCCACAGGGCGAAGACUUUGCUUGGGAGAAAGUCUUGCGAAGACGGAGCUGUUCAUAUUUUUCACAGGACUGCUUCAAAAGUUCACGUUUAGCCCUCCACCUGGUAUGGAGUUAGACCUCGAUGCCGACCCGUGUUUUACUCUAAGGCCGCAGCCUCACCUGGAGUGUUGUGCUGAGGUGAAAUAAUUAGUCUACAGGAGGACUGCACUUUGGGGGUCAUUUAUCAAACUGGUGUAAAGUAGAACUGGCUUAGUGGUCAAUAGCAACCAAUCAGAUUCCACCUUUCAUUUUGGACAGCUCCUUUGAAAAAUGAAAGGUGGAAGCUGAUUGGUUGCUAUGGGCAACUAAGCCAGUUCUACUUUACACCAGUUUGAUAAAUGACCCUGUUUAUCUCUGGAUUUAUUAGCGGUUGGGAUCGGAUCUCUUACACCCCAAGAACAAGCCAUAUGACAAAUAAUCCCUGUUACAGUAUCUCAACAUUUUACUCUAAAGAAAAAUCCUAUUCUCACCUCCUGUAAAAGCUGGAACCUCU